CGGGGCCUGGGGUUGGCAUGCACCCCAGCAGCCCGGACGGCAAGACAACGGCUACGGCGUGUGUGCGUGCUUGGAAGGGCUCCUGUGUCCAUCGACACCCCCCCCCGUUCCCCAGCAAUGGUGCAGUCCAGGCCGGCCUCUCUCUCCCGACCGGUAUAAGCGCGCCCGAGAGAAGCGGGGGGUUCGCAGGCGAGCGUCGGUUGGGCAUGGAGGACGAGGGCGUCCGCAGCAUCCACUCGCACGGCAUCCCCGCCACCCACCGGGUGCCCAUGCGGGUCAUCAUCCGGCCCAUCCCGCCCGUGCUGGACGAGCGCAAGGUGCAGAGCCUCAUGCGGACCAUCCAGGAGGAAGCUGACCGAGUGCCCCCGAUAGACGUCCUCUGGAUCAAAGGCAGCCAGGGGGGCGACUAUUUCUACUCCUUCGGAGGCUGCCACCGAUACGAGGCCUACAAGCGCCUGAACAAGGAAACCAUCCCGGCCAAAAUCAUCCGCUCAACCGUCGGUGACUUGCGCACCUAUCUGGGCUCCUCCCUACCCGAUCUGAAAUAGUGGAGGCAACUGUGACACACACACCCUCCCCCCCGCACACCUACUCACCAUGGCAACUUUGGGCCAGCGAGAAACCUUGAACCCAGGGCCUCCAGACAGGUCUCUUUUACUUCCCGUGAUGAGGCAUUCGUGUCCUUCCCUUCCGUACGUCCGGGGGGGCGGUCGUCUUCAUAACCUCCGGCCUGCCUUGUGUAAGAAAGUGACGGGCACUUGUCCUGGGCAGAGGGAGAACCGGGCAUCGAUCGGUUCUGCGGCAAGGUGGGCCUAUUGAUUCGCUGCCAACUCGACACCCAGCAGUGGACAAAAGAGCUAACUGGUGUGGAAACGCCUUGAUAUUUGCAAACGGGCAUCACUCUUAGCCUCUGGGUGUGAAAUGGUAUUUGUAGAACAGGGUCUUUAUGCGAAUGUGUUAGUUUCCCCCACAGUUAUGAGACUGGUGACGAUUGCAGGGGCUGAGCCUGCCCGGACUAUAAACCAUCUAUCAGAGGCUCUUCCAUGAGGAUAUCACUGAGUCCCCCAAAUUUUCCACCGACUAGCUUCUCCCCUUGGUUUGGAGAGGCCGGGGGGUGUCUUCUUAUUACCCCUGUCUAUCUUCACACCACAGGUCCGAUUGAGGUGGGCAUGUUUGUCUUCCACAUGGGCCCGAAGUACCAUGAACGCCCCCAGUUCUGUGGGCUCCUUGAUGACGCUCUGGUUAAGUGGCAGAAGGCGAGAUUGGCGACCAAGAUCAGCGGGACCUCUUCAGUGGUGGCCCCAGCACUCACACACAUACCCCUAAAGACUGAGAUUUUCUCUCAUGACUGAGCUGUGGGUCAUCUUUCAUCCUUUGUUGUGGCUUCUGUAAUCUGAAUUGUACAUACUUCCUCCCCCAAAAAAGUUUUGUAUAUAUUUUUGCUGCAUUUCUAUGUUUUUACAAGAUGUUUUGGAGAACAGUCUUGGCAAAAGACGUUUAUAAAUUAAAAUAAUGUUUCG